AUGGACCGGCAAGUCUUCUUGUCCGAAGUCUUACCGGCUAUGGCGAGCCACGGCUUCGACGAGAGUAGCUCUUCGACGUUAACAUGUCUGGUAUUCGCGCUUGGUGAAGUAGCCAUCAGCGCCGUGCAGGGCGCUCCGCUUGGGAGAUAUAAAGGCCGCCCCAGUGGUAUUAGGGGAGGAACAAUAGAAAGGCCGCCAGGACUAGUGUUUUUCAACGAGGCUAGAAAGAGAAUGGGUUUCAAUCUGACCGAAUGCAGUCUACAAAACGUGCAGAUCUUUGCAUUAGCAGCCAUAUAUUAUGGGACAUGUUGUCAUCAUCUGGAGUUUUGGCGUAUGACGACCUCGGCAUCGCUGGCGUGCCAGGCAUUGUUGACGAGUAACCCGGAUGUCCUAACAACUCACCGAGGGGAUUUGGUCCGGAGAACGUUUUGGCAUUGCUCCAUAAUGGAGACAUGUCUGAAUAUGGAGCUAAAUAUUCCUCGGACUGGAUUGGAUAAGCUAGAAUCACUAGUAGGACUACCUGACUUCAGCGGCUCAUUCUCCGAAGAAGAUUAUAUCGGAAACCAAGCCUCCCACUUUCAGGAACAUUUCGCUUCGCAAAUAGUGCUUCGGCGGUUAUCCGUGGAGUUUCAUACUACGCUAAGUAAUGCUUUCGGUCCUACGAAUCUUCCUCCUGAAGCGCCAAUAUCCCCAGCAGCCGUGAUGAUGAAGCAAAUGGCUGAACAGUUGGAUCAAUGGAGAGGCCUACUGCCAGUAUAUCUGCGCUGGGAGGAAGAGAAUCCAGGGGCAUUCUCGAAUCCAACCGAAGAAAUGUAUGGUGAUCAAUCAAUGUACCCGCCCCCCGUGCCCGACCUUCAUACGAAUUUCAUGUUUUCGGCGGACCUAGAUAACCCUCCUGUGGCCUAUCCUUAUGCGGUGGAUAUACAAACUGCCAGCCUUAGGACACGAUAUUACUACGUUAAGUAUCUCAUCCACAGGCCAUUCAUCUUCAAAGCCCUACAUCAUCCUGAGCAGAUGACACGGGACGACGCAGAGGGUGUCGUGGAAUGUCUCAAGGCGAUGUUAAAAUGGCCUAUUGCAAUGUCACCAACUUGUUUCCACAAGAGACUGAUCCCAUGUCUCUUCUUCUGGUCACAGAAUCUCCUCGGUAUCCUCCUGAUCCUACACCUAACACAACAGGUACCCAUCUUAAUGCGAAUCCGGGGGUCGCUGAUGGGGACUAAAUUCGACCAAGAUGCUAACGAGACGGCCGUAUUGUGCAUCGAUUGGAUACGGGACCUCAAAGAUACGGACGCGACCGCUCUAUGGUGCUGGGAGAUACUGAAAGGAAUCUACUCUCUAGGGGACGAGACGUGA